ACUGACUAUAUUUUGUGAACAUUAAUUUUCAUUACAAUUAAUACGUCUUCCAUUGUUAUUCGAUAAAUAACACUGACUGACUGUCACACACAAAAUGGAUGUGGCAAAAACUACUCCACAAAGAAAAUUUCGACAAAUAUCACAUCCACAUGAACACAAUUUUUCUGUUCCAUCUUUUGGAUGUGAUUUUCGUCUUACAAACAAAGGAAAUCAGAAGAACCUAAGCCGGCAACAAUCAGUCCCUCGGACAACCUCCGAAUUUAAACAAACAAAUACAGCACAAAUGACAACAAGUUAUCAACCACAACCUUUGAAUUCAGUCAUCACCACGAAAGGACCUUCGGUAGAUCAAACAGCAGACUUCACUUAUUCUACAAGACUUCAAAUUAAAGAUACACAAAAUGAAGCACAACAAGGCAGUAAUCUUAUCAGCCAAAAGGCAACUGACAGACAACCAAUGACCAGUGAAGCUUCUGCUGUCUCUACUUCACCACUAGCUAAACAACUUAGAUCUAGACCCGGUUCAAUGUAUCUCCCAAAGUUAAAUGAUGAUGUAAACUUAUCCGGGAGAAAUAUGAACCCGGAAAGAAACAGAUUGUUACAGUUAUCUCAUUCUAAGUCGUUACGUAAUAGUCCGGGGCUGCCUACUUCAUCAGAAAGUCAGCAUGGCAAUACUGUACAACAGAGCGGUUCAUAUCUCAGCAGAAAUGCAGAUAAACGAAUGCCUUCUUCUAACUCAAUGUCACCUCUUAAUAGUAUGAAAUAUGAUCCCAGUCAGCCUGGUACAACCAGUAAUGGACAAACUCAACCCAGUUUCAAUAAUCCACAACAAGUUGAAAACCGAAUGAGUUAUCCCCAAUGGCAACAAUACCAAUCACAACCACAACCAACAAUGAGUCAGCCUUCACAGUCACUUCAGCCUCCGCCUCCGCCUCCUGGUGGGUGGGUUAUGCCACAAACUGCAGUUUCUACACCUCAGUUGCAGACAACUGCUCCGAAUAAUCCGAUGGCUCAUACAACUUCAUCACCUUAUGACAUGUCGAAUAGUCUGGCUCAAAGCCUGUCAUCUAUGUCUUCAUCAAAUACAAACCCGGGAGCUCCAUACUUAUACGUUAUUCCCCAAAAUUAUGUCCUAGCCCCUGGUAUGGCUUCUUUACCGAACUCACAAAAUCCCAUGGCUGUCAGUUACCUUCAGACUCAGUCAGUUCAGAAUCCUCAGUUGUUACCUGGUACCACUGUCCUUCAGCCACAAGUAGCUAUAGUCGCUGUAGAUCCAGAAACUCUGAGAGCCAUACUUUCUGGUACAUUUAACACACAAGCUCUAUUUCCUGCAGCGAAUAUCUCCAAUCCGGUUAUGACGUCAAGCUUGAAUCUACCAACGCAAACAACAGGUAAUAACAAUAUGCCUUCAUCUGUACCGGCAGUUGCAGCUAGCCAUCAGAUUGCAGAACCUCAAGUGACCUCACAAUCUGAAUCAGGCGGUGCCGGUAUCCAGAGGAAGCAGCCAUGGGAAGAAAAUAAAUAUGUAAAGGUGUCGAGUUCAGGGAAUGACUUAAAUAAUUCAUUGUCAACACAGUCAUCCAUGAAAUCUACACAGAAACCUGGUUCUGACUACUCCAGCAGUACAUUACCAUCACAGAAUUCUUCAAAUAUUCCCUCACAAACACCAGCACCUAAAUUAGGAAAUCCUCCAAGAACACUACGUUUCCUAGAAAAGUCUGAAACAGGCGAAACCAUUACCCAGACGGAAGACUGUCAGCGUAGUGGAAUUCAUACUGGUAGAGAGCCGAAAAAGCUAAAUCCCUCAAGCUUUAUCUUCCGAUCACGAAAAUCAGUGACAGAAGCAACUUCCAAGACUCUCGAGAAUGAUGCAAUGAAUGACUUAGAACCAUGGAAAGCUAGUGACGCUGAUACACUUGGUCGACGUCAAGAGGUUUCUUCAAUAAGCGCUUACUACGAACAAAUGAAGCGUCGAAAUAAUCGACCUCUAAGCGCGUAUAAACCAACAACUGAAUCACAACGUCCAUCAACUAUAAGUCCUUCUUCACUGAAAUCUUCUGGAGGUUCACCAAACUUUGACAGUAGUCCUGUGAACCGCCGAUCAACUCAUCAGCUGACUAGAGGUCAUACUAUUGCUUCAAGUAAACCAGACUGUCCUCGUUCAUCCACAUUUUCUGAAGAACGAGCCCAACUGAAAGAGACUGAUCCUUCUAUAAUGACUGUAGCUGAACGUGCACGUCAAUGGCAGUUAGCUCAGUUAACUGGUCAACGAGAUUCGCGUUAUUCUACAUCAGGUUUUAUUGAUCAAGAUUUAGUUGACUGCCAGGAGUUGGUACCGGUUGAAGAUAGAGUGAAAAUGUUUGAUACUGGUGUAGCUACCAGUCGUCAAACUGAAAAGAAUCCAGAACUGACAUCAGAAUUAAAAGAGUUAAGAGAAAGAAAACAAGUGAAAUUUGGUGAAGACAAUCCAGUCAAAUCGUCUGUACCUUUAAAAUCUACAAAUUUAGCUAAUAAAUCAGUAGCCUCUGUAACACUACAGGCCAGACGAUUGAAUCAUGUCAAUCCUAGAAGACCACAUUCCAGUGUAAAUUUACAAAGGAUUAAACAGGAACCUUUACAAACAGGAUUAAUUCAAAAGCCUACAAAUAAUAAUAUUGCUCCAAUAACACAGCAAAACAAUUCGAAUUUGAAAAUUGCUCCAGUUAAAGGUAUACAACAGUCGAAUGGAGAUGAAUUAACUAGAUUAAGUUUAAACGAGAAGAGAAAUUUAUUUAAUCAACGUGCUGCUGGUACAGUUGUAGCACAAGGACAGCCUAUCACAUUAAACAGUAGACCGUUGAAUAUUACAACAGCAUUAGCAACAACAAAUACUACUACUACUGCUACUACUAUAAAUACCAGUGAACCAGUGAAACGUGUUAUUCGACGUAAAACUCAACCGAUUACACUGGAUGAUUUAGCUAGAGCAAAUCAAUUGAUUCUAGAACGAUAUUAUGGAAAACAUCUUGAAUCUCCAUUCGGAAGUGUAAAAGGCGAUGAACAAGACUCAUUUGGCUUCCAUGAGUAUGAUUCCCAGAUAUCAACUCCGGAAGCCAGUUUAUUAAGUACCUCCUAGUGAAAUCAUAUCAUCAAUUGACACAUAAACACACCUACCUGCUAACAGUAAAAACCUUGAUUGUGUGUUUUUCUCUAAUAAAAACAUUUUUAUUUAAGCAGGAAAGCGUCGAUUGGGGCACGGGGCGUCAGUGUGUUAUAAAGAAACCGCUACAUUCCAUUUAUCCUUCUUUAUAUAAAACAAAAUGGAACAUGACAGGGAUAGAUCAAAUCUACCGCCGUCUGUGAUUUGUUUAAAUCGACCAAAAUAUAUUUAUAGUAAUCUGAGUAUGAGUACAGAAGACUAUCAAUAUCAUGGAGGUGCUUAUCAUAACCACCACCAUGAUAAUGACGAUGAUGAUCUUAGGAAUUAUACUGUCAUUAAAAGAAAGCCUUCCGAUUAUCAGCAUUAUUAUAUACCAAUUCAUACGGACAGACAGAAUAGCUACACAGAAUCAAUGGUCAUCAAUUCCCCACAAAAAGAUUAUGAAUAUCCACUCAGUGAGAGACAAGCGAAUAGUGCUCAUUACAAAUCGACAAAAUCUUCUCCAUCCUACUAUUAUAUUGAUCCAACUCCACAGUAUAAGCUGUCUACAUCGAAUAAAUGGGAUACUGAGUACACUUCAACUGGAGGACUAGAGAGGAAUGAGACUAAGAGUUAUGACUAUCAUAACAAUGCGGAACAGAAUGGUGAUCAUCAUCAUCAUCAGUCGUUUAUUCGAGAUAUCAGUAAUCGAAGAUCCUCGAGAAGAUCUGCAAGAAUUACAGAACUUGUAAAUUUAUUUAGUAAAAACUUUGAUGAAGAGAAUAAACACAAUACUCAUGGGGUUAAUUAUAAAAACAGGCCCGUGAGUUCAUCAGAAGAA